CUCUCCCUCCUCCUAAAGGCUUUAAGGAUUUAUAUAAGUUCCCUCUAACCUUCCUACAUAAAUCCCACACUACACAAGUAUUUCCAUGGACACACACAACCUAGAAAGAGGAGAAGUAGAGAUACCAACAACAUAGCUACAGCUACACUAAAAGAAGCGAACAACAAUGUUUCUCCUCCACCCCUCUCCUCCUCCUCAUGAGUUCUCCUUCACACUUCCCCUUCACCCUCUCGUAAACUCCAAACACGCCGCCACCCCCGCCAACGAUAUUUUCCUCCACGGCCACCUCCUCCCCCUCAACAAUCUCGUAAAAGAGAAGGAGAGAACCAUGCCGAGUGCCUUAUCCGCGUUUCUCGGUCUCGAGAGCUGGCGUAAGCGAAGCAGAACCACCGCAGAAGACAAGAACAAGAACAAGAACAAGAAGGCGUUCGACGCAGCUCAGUUCUUGAGGAAGAAGUAUGCUAGCAUGGUGGAACCCUUGUUAUUCUUCUUCAACAAAGAUAAGGAGUCGAAGCGCGGUGUUACACCAAGGCGGUAUUCGUUUUCGGGCCAUUCGGGUUAUAUCUUCGCUAAGGAGAAGUGGAAGAAGAAGAGAACUGCACACUCCUCCGUUCCCGCAUCGGCGAGAACGUCGCCUGUGAACAGCGGACGCCUCGCGGGCACGCCGACGGUGAGUUUCUCUUCUUCGGAUAAGAGUAGUAUGGAGGAGCUCCAAAGCGCUAUUCAGGCCGCGAUUGCGCACUGUAAGAAUUCCAUUGCUGAGAAAGGAUGUAGAGAAGUUUAAAGGAAGGGCUUGUUGUGGAUUGAUUGUGUGAAAAAAAGAAAAAAAUUUAAAGGCACAUGCAUGAGUUUCGUAGUGAAAAUGUUUGUAUAUAUAUAUAUAUAUAUGUUAUAUAAGAGUUUGUAGUUAAUGACUAAGUGGUUUUUGAGUUUAACUAAUGUUUUUGUUGAGAAGUUGAUUUGAAUGUAACAAAACUUGACUAGGAGGCUCUUAUCCAAAA